CAAUGAAGAAGUGGUCGUAUCACAGGGGUUCGAAACGUAGAAAUCCUGCAUCUUCGGUGAUUUUACGGUGACAGACUGAAGGGGUGACAGACACUUGGAUAGAGAUAAAGUGAGAGGGGGGUUCCUCCUAGUCUGUCACCUAAACGUGUUUUCAGGCCGAAUUCCAACGACGCCCUACUCGCGGACUCCAUUCUGAUUUCACACAUCAAAUAACGUUACGCGGCGGCAUCAUGGCCUACAUAGCUGUCCAAAGGAUAAAAAGGGAAUUUAAAGAGGUUCUGAAAAGCGAAGAGACGAGUAAGAACCAGAUCAAGGUGGACCUAGUGGAUGAGAACUUCACAGAACUGAGAGGAGAGAUAGCAGGACCCCCAGACACACCCUAUGAAGGAGGUAGAUUUCAGUUAGAAAUCAAAAUUCCAGAAACGUAUCCAUUCAAUCCACCAAAGGUGCGAUUUAUCACAAAAAUCUGGCAUCCCAACAUCAGCUCUGUCACCGGUGCCAUAUGCCUGGACAUCCUCAAAGACCAGUGGGCGGCAGCCAUGACACUUCGGACGGUGCUGCUUUCGCUACAGGCUCUACUGGCGGCAGCGGAGCCAGACGACCCACAGGACGCUGUGGUUGCCAAUCAGUAUAAGCAGAAUCCAGAGAUGUUCAAACAGACGGCUCGGCUCUGGUCGCACGUAUACGGCGGCGCUCCCGUCUCCAGUCCAGAAUACACACGCAAAAUAGAUAAACUCUGUGCAAUGGGCUUUGACAAAAAUGCAGUAAUAGUGGCGCUGUCAUCGAAAUCCUGGGAUGUUGAGACGGCAACAGAACUCCUGCUUAGCAACUGAUUCCAGUCUAAGAGUCUACCUGCCUGCACCUACCCUAAGAUCACCACCAUCCUCCUCAUCUCCACCAUUCUCCUCAACUCUCUCUCACUCGCUCUCUCUGUUGCUCUCUCUGUCGCUCUCUCUCUCUCUCUCUCUCUCUCACACACACAUACACACACACACACACACACACACACAACACAAA